CGAAAUCGACCACUCCAUUAUUUCAUCCUCAUCUGAUCAUCUCCAUCUUUCACACACACACUCUCUCUCUCUUCCCAUGGCGCCGAGCACUCACCUCUUCUUCGCAAUGGCCAUGCAACUGUUCAGCUUCUUUUUCUCCUCUGCAAGUUCACAGUCCUUCAUCGGAGUGAACUACGGGCAAGUUGCAGACAACCUCCCACCGCCUUCGGCGACUAUCCAACUACUCCGCUCCACCACCGUCGGCAAAAUCCGCCUCUACGGCGCCGACCCAGCCAUUCUACGCGCCCUCGCAGGCACCCAAAUAUCCGCCGUCAUUGGCGCGGCCAAUGGCGAAAUCCCAUCGUUAGCCAGUGACCCCUCCGCCGCCUCCCGCUGGGUGGCAUCCAACGUCCAACCCUUCCUGCCUUCCACCUCCAUCUCCUCAAUCUCCGUCGGAAACGAAGCCCUCUCUUUUGGCGACCCGUCCGUCGCAUCCCAGCUCCUCCCUGCAAUGCAGAACCUACGCUCUGCCCUCAUUGCCUCGUCCACUCCGUCCGCCGCUUCCAUCAAGGUCACCUCCGUACACUCCAUGGCCGUGCUCGCCCAAUCCGAACCCCCCUCCGCCGGCGCAUUUCACUCAGACAUCGCACCGGCACUUAAAGGCAUCCUCGACUUCCUCAACAAGACUGGAUCCCCUUUCAUGAUCAAUCCCUACCCUUUCUUCGCCUACCGCAGCGAUCCACGACCCGAAACGCUUGCAUUCUGCCUCUUCCAAUCCAAUCCAGGCCGAUUCGACGCCGGCAGUAAGAUCACAUACACCAAUAUGUUCGACGCUCAGGUAGAUGCCAUACACUCGGCGCUGAAUUCUGCCGGAUUCCCUGGGAUCGAGAUUGUUGUGGCCGAGACAGGGUGGCCGUACCGUGGGGAUGCGAAUGAGGUUGGAACGAACGUGGACAAUGCUAGGGCUUUUAACGGGAAUCUGAUUGCGCAUCUGAGAUCAAUGGUGGGGACGCCGUUGAUGCCUGGAAAGUCGGUCGAGACCUAUAUUUUUGCGCUGUAUGAUGAGGAUCUGAAACCGGGGCCAACGUCGGAGAGGUCUUUUGGGUUGUUCCGGCCUGACUUGACGAUGACAUAUGAUGCGGGUUUGAUGACAAAGGCGCCAGCUGCGCCGGCAGUGGCGGCGGGAGGGUGGUGCGUGCCGAAGGAGGGGGCGACGGAGGAAGAGUUGCAGGCGAAUCUUGAUUUUGCGUGUGCGCAACAAGGGGUGGAUUGCCUUCCAAUUCAGCCGGGAGGUGCUUGUUUUGAGCCGAAUACGGUUAAAUCACACGCAGCUUAUGCUAUGAAUCAGCUGUUCCAGGUUGCUGGGCGGAAUUCCUGGAACUGCGAUUUCCGGCAGUCUGCGAUUCUUACAUCCCAGAAUCCCAGUUACGAUGGAUGCGUAUUUCCUGGAAGUGGAAGCUAAGCUUGAUGGCUAAGGAAGAGAAAAAGAGCACUGUAAGUACUUUUUACUAUUGUCGGGGAAGAAUAAGAGAAAGCCGUUGAAUCCGUUUGUCUUCUUUUUUGCUUUUGGUUAUAUUAAAUUUGUGGUGGUGGAAUCGGUUGGUAAGUGUUUGGCUUUUAACGUGGAAAGGGAAUUUAGAAUAAAGUGAAGUUUGGAUCAGUAGGGAUGAAUAAUUGUGAAGGGUUUUGUCCCACAAUGGAAUGCUGGAAGGUGGGGCUAAGCCCUUUGUGUUGUAAAUUAUGAAGGGUUUGUCUAUGUAAGUUAUAUAUAUGCUUUCUUCAUUAGACUUUGUUUAUUUGGCUUUCUGCAGCAAUGGACCUUUCUUAGUUUUUGGGAAUUUGUAAUGGAUUUGAAUCAAUAAUUUUAGGGAUUUUUUUUUUU